AUGGCUACUCUGCGCGUCCUUUCAUUUGAUCUUGACGGCCGCCCAGUUAAAUUCGAUAUCUGGCUCCAGUAUCAGCAGUUGUACCUGCUCAGUGACGCUAAGGACAGUGUUUCGCUCUAUGACCUAGCGACUAGUGCCUCUACAGCCCCGCUAGCCACCGCUGAUGCGACCACCGGCUCACAGUGGCUUACUCGUGAUGCUGCUGCCCGCCUAGCCAUUCGCAACCACCUCCCAGUGACUGAAUGCGAACACCUUGACCAGGAGACGACAGCCAAAACCCUCUAUGACGCUGUUAUUGCACGCUACUCUUCCCCUGCCACUGCAGCCCUUAGCCGCCUCUUCCUACCCUUCCUGUUCCUCGACCUGUCUUCUUUCGCCACGGUAGACAACCUCCUCUCCAACCUUAAAUCUAUUACAGCUCGCUACCGCGCUACCCUCCCAGACGCCUUUCUCCCCAAGAAUGAGCCCCCCAUCUACAUCACUCUCCACUUUAUCGUCACCGGCCUCCCUGACGCUCUUAGUGCCGUCCGGGACACCCUCCUUGCUCUCCCCCCUACAGACCUCACCAUCGACGUGCUAGGGAAGCACCUUCUUGCAGCUGAGGCUAACAUAGUCGCUGUAGGUGCUACCCGUGGCACCCCUCGCACGCCCUUCUUUGAGGGGUGCUCCCCCUCCCCCCUUGCCCCCUCUGUUGCCUCUGCCGCUGCUGUCGACUUCCUAGGUAUUGAGGAGGUCGGGGCUGCUUCUGCUCCUAGUGGGAAGCGCCGCAGCGGCAAGGGCAAGGGAGGCAAGGGUGGUGGGGGUGGCGGCGGUGGGGGAGGUGGGGGAGGUGGCUGGGGUGGUGGAGGUGGUGGAGGUGGUGGAGGUGGAGGUGGUGGUGGUGGUGGUGGUGGAGCGAGUGGGAGCGUCAGCGGCGGGGUUGGCGGCGGCAGCGGGGGUGGUGGUGGCGGCGGUCGUGGUGGCGGUGGGAGCAGCAGUAGCGGUUCUGGCAGCGGCGGGAGUGGCGGAGGCGGCAGUGGUGAUCGCUUUGGAGCAGCAGCAGCAGCAGCAGUAGCAGCAGCAGCAGCAGCAGUAGCAGCAGCAGCAGCAGCAGCAGCAGCAGCAGCAGCAGCAGCAGCAGCAGCAGCAGCAGCAGCAGCAGCAGCAGCAGCAGCAGCAGCAGCAGCAGCAGCAGCAGUAGUAGCAGCAGCAGCAGCAGCAGUAGCAGCAUCAGCAGCAGCACAGCAGCAGCAGCAGCAGCAGCAGUAG